AUGAUCUAUGGACGCAGUUUGUUUCACAUUGUAGCAAGUUUAAUCAUCCUCCAUUUGUCUGGGGCAACCAAGCAAGGAACAGAAAAGCAAAGCACCUCAGAAACGAAGUCUGUGCAGUGUGGAAGUUGGACAAAACAUGCAGACGGAGGUGUCUUCACCUCUCCGAACUAUCCCAGCAAGUACCCCCCUGACCGGGAGUGCAUCUACAUCAUAGAAGCUGCCCCAAGACAGUGCAUUGAACUUUAUUUUGAUGAAAAGUACUCUAUUGAACCUUCUUGGGAAUGCAAAUUUGAUCAUAUUGAAGUUCGAGAUGGACCUUUUGGAUUUUCUCCAAUAAUUGGACGUUUUUGUGGACAACAGAAUCCACCUGUAAUAAAAUCCAGUGGAAGAUUUCUAUGGAUUAAAUUCUUUGCUGAUGGAGAGCUGGAAUCUAUGGGAUUUUCAGCUCGAUACAAUUUCACACCUGAUCCUGACUUUAAGGACCUUGGAGUUUUGAAACCAUUACCAGUGUGUGAGUUUGAGAUGGGCGGCCCUGAAGGCAUUGUGGAGUCUAUACAAAUUAUGAAGGAAGGCAAAGCUUCUGCUAGCGAGGCCGUUGAUUGCAAGUGGUACAUCCGAGCACCUCCACGAUCCAAGAUCUACUUACGAUUCUUGGACUAUGAGAUGCAGAAUUCAAAUGAAUGCAAAAGGAAUUUUGUGGCGGUGUAUGACGGAAGCAGCUCCGUGGAGGAUCUGAAAGCCAAGUUCUGCAGCACCGUGGCCAACGACGUCAUGCUCCGUACAGGUCUCGGGGUCAUCCGCAUGUGGGCGGACGAGGGCAGUCGCAACAGCCGGUUUCAGAUGCUCUUCACAUCCUUUCAAGAACCUCCCUGCGAAGGCAAUACAUUCUUCUGCCACAGUAACAUGUGUAUUAACAAUACGUUGGUUUGCAAUGGACUCCAGAACUGUGUGUACCCUUGGGACGAAAAUCAUUGUAAAGAAAAGAGGAAAGCCAGUCUGCUGGACCAGCUGACCAACACCAGUGGGACUGUCAUUGGCGUGACUUCCUGCAUUGUGAUCAUCCUUAUUAUCAUUUCUGUCAUUGUGCAGAUCAAACAGCCUCGUAAAAAAUAUGUCCAAAGGAAAUCGGACUUUGACCAGACAGUUUUCCAGGAGGUGUUGGAACCUCCUCAUUAUGAGGUAUGCACCCUCAGAGGGACAGGAGCUACAGCUGACUUUGCAGAUGUGGCCGAUGACUUUGAAAACUACCAUAAACUGAGGAGGUCCUCUUCCAAAUGCAUUCAUGACCAUCACUGUGGAUCACAACUGUCCAGUACGAAAGGCAGCCGCAGCAACCUCAGCACAAGAGAUGCUUCUGUCUUGACAGAGAUGUCCCCACAGCCCAUCAAACCCCUCAUCCCACCCGUGAACAGAAGAAGUAUCCUCGUCAUGAAACACAACUACUCCCAAGAUGCUGCAGAUGCCUGUGACAUCGACGAGAUUGAUGAGGUGCCGACCACGAGUCACAGGCUGUCCCGACAUGAUAAAGCCGUCCAGCGGUUCUGCCUCAUUGGGUCUCUAAGCAAACAUGAAUCUGAAUACAACACAACUAGGGUCUAA